UAUAUGUUUUUUGUUUUUUCAAAAAGAAAAAUAUCAGUCCAUCGUUAAACCAUCUCUCAUCUUUCAAAACCAAACGUUGAAGACUUGUGAUAGAACAGACUUGACACUUACCCUAAAAAUCAUAAAAGAAUAAUUUAAAUAUGAACACAAUACAAAAGCAAAACCCUAGUUCAAAACCUUGACCCGCUCAAUUUCAAUUGAAAUCCCAAUUCUCAAAAUCACCAUUUAAGUAUAUUUUACACCCACAAAUGACCCAUAACUGUUUCUCCAAAUUCCUCCACACUCUCAAGAAAGCCCGCAACCUUAUUGGCGUCGCCGCCCUAUCCACCACCACCACCGCCGCCGCCACAGCUGCAGCUUCCCCCAAGUUCUCAGCCAUGGAAGGCGACCUUCAGACCCUCAAAACCCGCGUUUGCAUCGUCGGCAGCGGCCCCGCCGCCCACACCGCCGCGAUCUACGCCGCCCGCGCCGAGCUCAAGCCCAUUCUCUUCGAGGGCUGGAUGGCCAACGACAUAGCCCCCGGCGGCCAGCUCACCACUACCUCAGAGGUGGAGAAUUUCCCCGGUUUCCCUGAAGGGAUUGGGGGGAUUGACCUGAUGGAAAAGUGCCGCGCGCAGUCUGUUAAAUUUGGGACGCAGAUUUUCACCGAGACUGUCUCCAAGGUCGAUUUUUCCGGCUUUCCGUUUAAAAUUUUUAGUGAUUCUAGGACUGUUCUCGCUGAUUCUGUGAUUCUAGCAACUGGCGCUGUUGCGAAACGCCUCAACUUCCCCGGCUCCGAUACCUUUUGGAAUCGAGGGAUUUCUGCCUGCGCCGUGUGUGAUGGCGCGGCGCCUAUUUUCCGCAAUAAACCACUUGCGGUUAUUGGUGGUGGUGAUUCUGCUAUGGAGGAAGCUAACUUCUUAACCAAGUAUGGCUCCAAGGUCUACAUUAUUCAUCGUAGGAACGAGUUUCGGGCUUCGAAGAUAAUGCAGAACAGAGCACAAACGAAUCCAAAGAUUGAAGUGCUGUGGAAUUCGGUGGUGACUGAGGCGUAUGGGGAAAGAACUUUGGGAGGAUUGAAGGUUAAGAAUGUGCAAAGUGGGGAGGUUUUGGAUUUGGCUGUUUCUGGUUUGUUUUUCGCAAUUGGGCAUGAGCCUGCCACCAAGUUUCUGGAUGGGCAGCUGGAAUUGGAUUCGGAUGGAUAUGUAAUCACGAAGCCUGGCACCACAUAUACCAGCGUUAAGGGUGUUUUUGCUUGUGGUGAUGUUCAGGAUAAGAAAUACCGGCAAGCUAUUACUGCUGCUGGCAGCGGCUGUAUGGCAGCAUUAGAUGCAGAACAUUACCUUCAAGAGAUUGGUUCUCAAGAGGGUAAGAGUGAUUGAGCAUUAAAGCUUGUUGGAAUUAGACUGAAUGAAUAUUAAAGACAUUUCAAAUUUAGGAAAGAAAAACUAGCCAUGAUGCUAGCCUUAUUUUAUUAUCCGAUAUUGGUGCUGACUAUUUAUGAUUGAAGAACAAAUAUUCAUUUAUGAAGUAUAAUUUAUUAUUUUCA